ACAACCUUUUGUACCAAAAAAAUGAUUACAAUAUCACCCACCCAGGUUACUUUCAGCAAAACCCCAUGAAAACUUAUUGCCAAAGUUUCAAUUUUUACUUUCCAAAGGUUUUUCUUCCUCUGAUAUUGUUACAAUGUUAACUGCAAACCCUAGAAUUUUACACAGUAACUUGGAGAAACGAAUAAUCCCUCUUUUUGAAUUAUUAAGUAGGUUCUUGAAAACCAACAAGGAUGUCAUUGUUUGCUUGAUUCGAUAUUUUUGUUCAUUUGCUCAUACUCCAUCAUAUGACAUUAUGGUGGCUAAUAUCAAUUUGAUGACUGGUUUUGGAGUUUGCAAUUCUGUCGUUGCUACAUUGUUUCGAUCAAAUCCAUCUAUAUUUGGUUCAACUGAUUUGAUUAAGUCAUUGGAGGAAGUUAAGGGUUUAGGGUUUCUUCCUUCAGAGAGUACUUUUGGGGUUGCUUUAAGAGCCAAGAAAUGUAUGAUUAAAGAACUUUGGAAUCAUAAAGUUGAUACCUUUAAGAAAUGGGAUUGGUCCGAUGAAGCUGUUUUUAAAGCAUUUAGGUCAUUUCCUUGGUUGAUGUUGGUUUCAAUUGAUAAGAUUAAUUUGGUGAUGAGUUUUUGGGUCAAUCAGUUGGGUUGGAAUUCCUUGACACUUUCUAAAUGUCCAAAUAUGUUUACUUAUAGUUUACAUAAAAAGUUUUGCAAUUUCUUUUGAUGAAAGGUUUGCGAGAAAAGAAUGCAAGCUUAGUUUACCCAUUUACUUAUUCUGAAAAAUUUGUUCCUGAACAAGUUUGUUUUUAGCUUUAAGGCGGAGUCUGAUCAUCUAUUAAAGCUAUAUGAGGGAAAAAUGGAACUUGCAUACACAAAAGAAAACAAUGGCAUGCCACUCACUAAACAGGCUUUCUCCAAUCUGUCUUGGAUGUAUGUCUCGAAAACCGCUUACGCUUAUCUUCUUCAGCCAUUUGAAUUUUGAAUUUUGGUGGGAAAGCUUCUUUUUGGCGCAUUUGUCCAGGCUUUCUCGAAUCUGUCUUGGAUUUAGAAGAACUUGGGAACAUGAAGAACACCAACACUGCUCAUCGUGCACAUUUUGGCGCAUCUGCCUCUUAUUCCGUUGCGUCUGCGUCCUCCUCGGCCGCACCUGUUUCUGUUGCCGCACCUGCUGGGCCUGCGUCUGUCGCUGCGCUGGCUGCGCUUGCCUCUGCUGCACAGAUGGCAACUAGCGUUGACGUUAGUGAUGCAAAACUUUGGCCCGAUAAUGUAAUUAAAGCUUUCAUCGACAUUAUGGUCGAUGAAGUUACAAAAGGAAAUAUGCCAAAUGGUGUGUUCCAUCUUAGAACAUGGAACUCGAUGACUACUAGGUUAAAUUCCGUAACUAAUCGAUCAUUUACCGUGAGACAACUAAAGGCAAAAAUGCAUAGGCUGCGAGCCAUCAUGUAUCGUGAGUUCUAUUCCCUCUCACAAAACACAGGAUUUGGGUGGAAUGCUGAAACAAACACUGUUACUGCAAAUGAAGAGGUUUGGAGAAAUUAUCUUCACGUACACAAUAAAGCGGCUCAGUUUCAAAAGAAGAGUGUGGAGGCUACUUCACGUGUAACAUUAGACUGUUCUAUUGCCAAGUGUGUAGCUGCUCCUGAAGAGUUAGAAGGUAUUUCAGAUGAUGCCUCUGGAAAAGCCUUGGAAAAGAUUAUUAGUCCUGAUUGGAGGGAAGUGUUUAUCGCCAUGUCUAAUGAAAGGAAGCGUGGAUGGGUACUUAGGCUCUAAGGAUAAAACUUGCAUAUGUGAUUAUAGUUAUGAGACAUACUUUUAUUCUUGCAUAUGUGGUUAACCAGCAACUUUAUUAUGUUCCAUAUGGCAUAUUGGAAAUGAAGUUGUCUAAAACCAUUUCGGAUCAAUCCUCAACAGAUUAGUAUCAAUUCUUUUAUUACUUUGAAAAGAAUGGUUUGAAAUUCAUAACCUGAACCAGAAUGAUGGUACUGUUAAUUAUAUGUACCGGAACAAUUAAAACAAGUUUUCCGAAAUAUGUUUUGCACCGGAAAACUCUUAAAUAGUAUUCUGGUUUGCAUUAGAAAUUCCAUCUUACAUUUU